CGCAGUGGCAUCGUUAACGAGUAACGAGAAAGAGGGCAGAGGCGCAGAUAGAGAGAGAGAGGAUUUUCAUUUAUUUCCUUUCGUGUCGCCCCCCUUCGCCCUCCCAAUCUUCAUAUACAUUUCUGUUCGUCUCCGAAAUCGUCUCUGGUCCCUUUCCCUUUGUCCACUAACUUCAACCUCAGUCGCACCCUCCCCUAGCUGAAGGCUUUUCCCCCUCCCAAUGGUAUCCGAAUCGGAGCUCAUCGGUCGGCUCCGGGAGUUUCUUCGCUGCUCCGACCUCAACACUACCACCACUGCUACGGUCCGCCGCCAGUUGGAGAAGGAUUUUGGAAUCGAUUUAUCGGAUAGGAAGGCGUUUAUUAGGGAGCAGGUCGACUUGUUCCUUCAAAGCGAGCGCGAGCAACCCGAGGAACCUGAAGAACCGGAAGAUGAAGAAGAUCAAAAAGACGGGCCUCAACCGGAGCAUGAAUCAGAAGAAAGCGAAGAUUCGAAUGAUGAAAUGCAAGACGAUGAAGAAGGAGAUGAACAUAAAGUAAAGCGUUCCAGGAAUGGAAAGGACAGAGGACGACGAUCUAAAAGUUCAGGAAGUGAGGUGCGUAGAAAAGGUGGUGGUUUUUGCAAAUUAUGUAGCCUUUCCCCACAACUUCAGGAAUUCGUCGGUGCCCCAGAAAUGGCAAGGACUGAGGUUGUUAAGCAAUUAUGGGCCUAUAUAAGGGAGAAGAAUUUGCAAGACGCAAAUAACCGGCGGAAUAUAAUUUGUGAUGAACCAUUACGUGCCCUUUUUGGUGUUGAUUCCAUCAACAUGUUUCAAAUGAAUAAAGCAUUGUCAAAGCAUAUCUGGCCAUUGGAUUCCGAUGAUGUCAUCCAGGUGAAGUCUGCACCAAAGGAAAAGCAGAAGAAGCAAGAGAGAGAAGAAGAUCCAGAUGAACCAAAAAGAAAGGAAAAACGACAGAAGGGAGGAAAAUCAGGGUUUCUUGCUCCUCUUCAACUAUCUGAUGCCCUUAUAAACUUCCUUGGUACUGGAGAAAAUGCAUUAUCACGUUCUGAUGUCAUAAAAAGAAUGUGGGAUUACAUAAAAGGAAACAACCUUCAGGAUCCUUCUGACAAGAGGAUUAUAAUCUGUGAUGAGAAGCUGAAAGAACUCUUCGAUGUUGACUCCUUCAACGGUUUCACAGUUUCGAAGUUACUGGCUCCUCAUUUCAUAAAGGCAGAGCAGUGAGUUGUUUGUACAUUGUUCUGCAAGCCUGAGAAAAAUGGGGAAUUUUGUUGAUCCGAUUUACUUUGGUACCUCUUUUUUCUUUCCCACUGGAAAUAUGGAAGUUAGUAAAAUGACAGAUUUUCAUUUACCUUGUCUCAAAGCUUAUUUCACAUUGCAUUCUUUUAUAUAUCUUGUUUUACCACUUCCAGGCAGUGGAAGGUUUCUUAUAUCUCAUAGUCAAGGACUA